AUGUCUACCAGAGACUUUCCACACUCUUUUAAAGACGCCCUCACUGGCUGGUACAGAAAGGUGCCUUCAGAGUUGGCAUUGACCAAGGCUCAGAGGGAGAGAAACUCGGAACAGCUUCCAGAAAGCGACGAGGACCGUGAAGCGAUCAGAAAAGUCCAGUUCAAAAACUUGUGGCCGGCCUUUGUGUCGGGAGCUGGUCUUUUCUCCGAUGGAUAUGUGAAUAACUCUAUCUCUACCGUAACGGUCUGUUUAUCUGCUAUCUACGGUGAGACUUACACCGAGUCGAAUGCCAUUUCUAACGUUGCCGCUAUAGCGUUUGCCGGUGUGGUGUUUGGUCAAUUGACGUUCGGGUACAUUUCUGACCAUUUCGCUAGAAAAGGUGGUAUGUUGAUUGCAAACGUCAUUCUUAUUUUUUUUACCAUUCUUUGUGCUGCUGCUACUUGGGGUGUCACUCCAGAAGGAAUGUUCACUGCUUUGACUGUUUUCCGUUUCUUCUUGGGUAUUGGUAUUGGUGCUGAGUACCCUACUGCCUCAGUUAUCGCUUCUGAGUUUGCCAACCAAUUGCCUGUGGGCCACAGAAAUAGGUACUUUAUUUGGUUUACCCAUUCAUGUGUUGAUUUGGGCUAUGUCAUUUCUGCUUUUGUUCCAAUGGUCUUGUUGUGGAUCUUUUCAGACCAGAGGUUGGAAGUGGUUUGGAGAUUGACCUUGGGUCUCGGUGCCCUCCCAAUUAUUGUUCUUUUCUUCAUGAGAAGAAAAAUCCAGAACUCUGAAUCUUACGAGAAGACUAACUUGAAGAAAGCUAAGAAGUUCCCAUGGUUGCUUGUCAUCAAAUUCUACUGGUUCCGUCUUACCAUCAGUUCUCUCAUUUGGUUCAUCUAUGACUUCUCAGCGUACGCUUUCGCCCUGUACUCUUCUUACAUCUUGAGAAUCAUUGUCCCAGGUGGUGACUUGUACAAGACUUUCGGUUGGAACGUUGUCUUUAACCUCUUCUACCUUCCUGGUACCCUUAUUGGUGCUCUUUUUGCUGACUACUUUGGACCUAGAGUAACUAUGACUGCUGGACUUUUGUGUCAAAGUAUUAUUGGAUUUGGUAUGACUGCUGGUUACUACAACUUGAAGAACAAUAUUGGAUCCUUCGUGGUGGUUUACGGUAUUUUCACUGCUCUCGGUGAAUUUGGUGCUGGAAACAACACCAGUGUUUUGGCUUCCAAGACAUCUGCCACUCCAAUUAGAGGUCAAUACUAUGGUAUUGCCGCUGCUGUUGGAAAGGUUGGUGCGUUUGUUGGUACGUACUUAUUCCCAGUGAUUAUGAGAAACCACGGUGGUAUCGAAUCUGAUGAAGGUAUCAGAACCACGUUUUACGUUUCUUCUGCCUUGUGUCUUUUCUCCGCAGCUCUCUGCUUGUUCUUCUGUCCAUCUGUGGGCCAAGAGGCUAUUGAUGAGGAGGACAGAUUGUUCAUUCAGUACUUGAAGGACAACGACUACGACCUCUCCAACUUGGGUGAUGGAACUAUCGCUCAAGAUUAUGAAGAGUCCGGUGAACUGAUCUCAGAGACAAAGAGCGUCGCCGAAAUUCGUGUUCACGAAUCCAACACUUCUUCAAAUGUCUCGAAGAAGUAA